AUGGUCAACGGUGCCGGUCUCGCCAUGGCAACAAUGGACUUGCUCAAGCUCUUUGGCGGUGAGCCCGCCAACUUCUUGGACGUCGGUGGUGCAGCGAAUGAGGAGAGCAUAACCGCAGCAUUUAAGAUCCUGCAGGUAUUUACUCUAAGUAUCUUUUUGCAUAAUCUCCUGUUUCUGUUUUGCACCUUUCUCCGUACUUCUUAUUCCACAAGUAGAAUUUGUACCUACAUGCUGCAUAUUCAUAUACAUACUACAUCUAUUGUCGUAUGCCUUUUUUGGAUUUUCUUGUAGUACCUACUUCUGCUACAACGAAUAGCAUCCACAUCAUCGAUCUCAUCAAUCAGAAUCAAUCUGUAUAUCCACCACCCUUCACUUUUAGGCUGACCCGAACGUGAAGAGCAUUUUUAUCAAUAUCUUUGGUGGUAUCAUGCGCUGUGACGUGAUUGCCAACGGUGUCGUCGCGGCUAUCAACAAUGUGGGUCUUACGAAGCCUCUGAUCGUUCGCCUGGUUGGUACGAACGUCGAGCAGGGCAAGAAAAUCAUCGCCGAUUCGGGCCUCGAUGUCCAGGCAUUCGAUGACUUCACCGAGGCAGCCCAGAAAGCCGUGGCAAUGGCCAAGUAA